GCCGAGUUAUCGACUAGAAAUGGCGUCCUCACUGUCUUUCUUUUAUGAAAAAUUCGUGUAGUCGUAUUUACAAUUUAUCAACGUUGUUUGUUCAAUUAUAAGGACGAGUGCGGGGCUAUUCUCGACUCAGCAUCAUAAUCUAAGUGUUUUUAGUGGCGUAAAACGGCGACGACGAGCAAAAACAAAGCAGCAGGCAGCGAAACGAAAAUGCAUUUGUGACCUGACACAAAAACACACCCAGGUAGACAGACAAGGAUAGCGAAGGAGAAGGCAAAGUCAAAGGGCAGGAGGCGACGACCGCUGCUCCAUCAUCAUCAGCAGCAGCAACAACAAAUGGCGCUUGUGACGGUGCAGCGCUCCCCAAGUGUGGCUGGCUCGGGCUCGAAUUCGGAUGGCGAGGCCGAUGACGACGAGGGCAAUAGCAAGAACGAAAAGAGCGAAUGCUUCUUUGCUGGCAAAGGAACCGCCCUGGUAUUAGCGCUUAAGGAUAUACCGCCCCAGCAGCAGUCGGAGCGAAGGCUGAGCACGGACUCGACGCGGUCCAGCAACAGCACACAGAGCAACAACUCCGACAUACAGCUCCAUCUGCAGUCGAUGUUCUUUCUCCUGCAGCGCGAAGACACGCUCAAGAUGGCUGUCAAACUGGAGUCGCAGCGUACCAAUCGCACACGUUACCUGGUGAUUGCCUCGCGCAGUUGCUGCCGCCGAACUGCCACCAGCGAGCGUCGCCGCAACAAGAUAAUGCGUCACAAUUCGGCAAAGGUCAGCUCCUCCACAGCCUCCUCGAACAGCAUUGCGUCGACGGUAAUAACGCAGCGGCAGCAUUCAGAGGACGUUGCACCAUCAGCAGCCAGUAAAUGUGAUAAAACGGCGGACAAGGAGAAUGUGGCAGCUGCCGGCGACAACAAGAACAUCUCGGGCAUGGAAGAGUCCUGCCUGCUGGGCAUCGACUGCAAUGAGCGGACGACAAUCGGUCUGGUGGUGCCCAUACUGGCAGACACCACCAUUCACCUGGAUGGCGAUGGCGGCUUCAGCGUGGCCGUCUUUGAAAAGACACACAUCUUCAAGCCCGUGUCGGUGCAGGCCAUGUGGUCAGCGCUUCAGACGCUGCACAAAGUAUCGAAGAAGGCUCGUGAAAACAACUUUUAUGCGAGCGGCCCCUCGCACGAUUGGCUCUCCAGCUACGAGCGACGCAUCGAGUCGGAUCAGUCGUGCCUGAACGAGUGGAAUGCCAUGGAUGCGAUAGAGAGUCGCCGCCCACCCUCACCAGAUGCCAUACGGAACAAGCCAACCGAAAAGGAGGAAACUGAAAGUGUCAUUAAAAUGAAGUUGAAAGCAAUCAUGAUGUCGGUGGACCUGGACGAGGUUACCUCCAAGUAUAUACGCGGACGCCUCGAGGAGAUACUGGACAUGGAUCUGGGCGAGUACAAGUCGUUCAUUGAUACCGAAAUGCUUGUCAUACUCGGCCAAAUGGAUGCACCCACAAAGAUAUUCGAGCAUGUGUACUUGGGCUCCGAGUGGAAUGCCAGCAAUCUGGAGGAGCUCCAAAAGAAUGGCGUUCGCCAUAUUCUGAAUGUGACGCGGGAGAUAGAUAACUUUUUCCCGGGGACCUUUGAGUACUUUAACGUGCGUGUGUAUGAUGAUGAGAAGACGAAUCUGCUCAAAUACUGGGACGACACGUUUCGGUAUAUUACACGGGCCAAGGCCGAGGGCUCCAAGGUGCUGGUGCAUUGCAAAAUGGGCGUGAGUCGGUCCGCUUCUGUGGUGAUAGCCUAUGCGAUGAAGGCCCACAAUUGGGAGUUCCAGCGGGCGCUGGAUCAUGUCAAGGAGCGGCGGAGCUGCAUCAAGCCAAACAAGAACUUUCUGAGCCAGUUGGAGACUUACAGCGGCAUGCUGGACGCCAUGAAGAACAAGGAGAAGCUGCAGCGCAGCAAGAGUGAGACGAAUCUGAAGAGCACAAAGGAUGCGAGGCUGUUGCCGGGCAGCGAGCCCACGCCCCUGAUACAGGCCCUCAAUCAGGCCAAGUCCAAAUUGAGCAGCGAGGCUGGUGUUGUCACACCCGAGGAGGAGGAUGAUGGUGCGGGACAGGAUACAAGACUUUCGCGACUUCAUCGCCGAUCGGGCGCACAAAAGCAGCGACGCAUGGUGCGACGCUCCAGCAGCACCUCCCCGAAGACCCAGACGGCCGUCGUCACCAAGCAGCAGAGCCAGUCAAUGGAGAACCUCACGCCAGAGCGCAGCGUGGCAGAGGAGCCAAAGAAUAUGCGUUUCCCCGGCAGCAAUGGAGAGAACUACAGCGUCACCCAGAACCAGGUGCUGCACAUCCAGAAGCACACGCCUCUGUCGGUGCGCACACGCGUUCAUGAUCUCGAGGCGCAUCGCUCGGAUCAGUUGCCACAUCAGUCGCCGUCACAGUCGCAGGCCCAGCCAGGCCCUGUGUGGACAUCACUGACCAAGCUUAUCACUCAAACGUCCCAUUUGGGUGGCAAUGCAGCAGGAGGAGGAGGAGGAGCGGGCAGUGGAAGCGCAACCGAAAGAGGAAGUGUAAGCGGCAGCGGUAGCAUUCUGCCCCGUAGAGAUUCAGGCUCCUCAGAUGUGUUCUCGUCGCAAGUGGACAAUGUAUUCGCCAAAGAGGAGCGGGAGAAGCGCCAGCGUCGCAAGACACAUUCGUGGACGGAGUCAUUUGGACCCAGUGGCGGUAUCAUACUGGAUGCGACGCCCCAGCAGUCACAGCAGCAGCAGCAACAAUCCAUCAUGCUACGGCCCCGCGGGCUGCGACAGCGGGAACUGCCGUCGCGCCACUCCAGCUGGGGAUCGGGGGACAACCGGAGCAGUCUGCCGCUGCGCACAAGUUCCUGCAGCUACUACGACAGCAACCGCAACACCACGGCCAUCUUUGAGGGUGAGAUCCAAGACCUGAAGCGAAGCAGCAGCAGCAGGAGCAGCAUUGACCCGAAGACUGCCAGCAACUGCAAUGUCAGUGAGGUGGGAAGUGUAGGAAGCGUAAGCCAGCUGGGGACAGUCAAGCGCACCAAGCAGAAGCUGGAGGAGAGCACAGUGCUGAAGAAACGGUGCCCAGAGGAUGCCCAGGAUCAGGACCAAGAGCUGGAUACCAUCGUAGGAGAUGCUGCUGCGGUUGUAGGAGGUGCUGGUGGUGGCCAGAAGAGGUGUGCGACCCUCUAUCGGAGCGCCUCCUCGGCCAACAGUCCCAGACAGCGGCAGCCGCUCCGCUGCAACAGCGAGGAGCUGAUGCACACCAGCGAUAUUGAGAACAAGAAUACCACCAGCGAUCUGGAAGCGGCGACUGCGGCGGUGGUUUUGCGGGUGGGCCCCAGUCAGACGCUGGCUGAGGAUCAGCGAAUUUCGGGUAAUGUGCAAAUACUCAAGCAGAACUUUGAAGCCAAAGCGGCAGUGGUUGGCGUUGGAUCGGUAGCGACUGUGGCAUCAGCAGCAGCCGCAGCAGGUGCACCAACGGUCAGCGCGACGAGCACCACUGCACUCGGCAAUAGCUGCACCACAGAUGGGGGCAAGAAGACGACGACACACCAAUCACUGCCCUCGUCGCCAGUUGCACAGCACGCGAACCAUGUGUCCUCCUCCAGUGCCUCCUCAACGUCGAACUCGUCCGAUUCCAGCGUAAGCGAAAAUUGUGAUCGUAAUGUAAAAGGUCUAGUGCAUAAAUAUCAAACCACUUCCUGCAGUAGCCAAGCUGCCAGCCAGACUGCAGUCGUCGUCCCGCCUACAACCACCACACUGCCGCCGCCGCCACCGCAAGCGCCUCAGCCAUUAACCGCCAGCCACAGCAACAGCACUAACUGCAACGCCACCACCACCACAACAACAAACGCCACCACCACUAGCUACAAGCAACGCCCGCGCUCCUACUACGAUCGCUCCUCGCUGUCGAACAAAACGCACGAUUACAGCGAGAGUCGACCGCCGCCCGCACCAGCCAGACUAACUGCCAGCGUCAACUACAGCAGCAGCAGCCACACCAGCCACGUGCAGCUGCCGCAACAGCAGUCUGAGCAGCAUCAGCAAGUGCAGAUACGGCGUCUGGCACAGCAUGGAAAGACCCAUCCACUCACUAGGCUAAGUACACCAAAGCCAGGCUUCAAUACGGCUGCAUACAACACCAUGUAACGAAAUGCUAUUUCUACUUACUCAUCAAACAAGCUCCACCUUCCACACCAUUUCACACUCCACCCCUACACCCACACCACAGCAUAAUAGCCACUAAGGAUCGCCCGAGCAUUGUUUGCUUUUCGUAUUUAUAUAUUUUCAAUCCGCUAUCACACGCUUUUGUCCUCUGUUUCUGUCAUCCCCUCAUACUGUCCUCAAUAAUGUGUAAGCUUGUGUAGUAGUGUAUACGUCUCAUAUGUUCUGUGAAGCGUGUUCAUUGAAGACCGACCGACCGACCGAACCGUCGAUCCGCAAUCUUGAAACUGUGUGAAAAGUGCCGUCAGGGACUAUAAAACAAAACAAAACAACCUAUGAAAUUGAAACUGUAUUUGUACUUUUAAAUUACUUGUAACUGUAUACAUAUUUAUUUUAUAUUAUGCAAGAACUGCCUACGAAUAAACGAAAUUUUCUGUAUAUACAUCAAUACAUAUUGUACACAUCAUGUGGUGGCCGGUGGCCUGUCCCGUCCCGUUCCGUCCCCCCUUCUCUGUUCGUUUUGUCUUUGUUCCGAAUAUUGUUCGUCCCGUGCCUGAGUCAUAUCAUAUCAUAUCGUACCACCCACCAGC